AUGACGGCCACCAAGAUCGAUGGCACUGCCAUUGCGAAGAGCAUCCGCGAGCGCCUGGGCGGGUACAUCCAGGAGAAGCAGGCCGCGAACCCGCGGUACCGCCCGAGCCUGAAGAUUGUGCAGGUGGGCGACCGCUCCGACUCGUCGACGUAUGUGCGCAUGAAGCUCAAGGCGGCCGAGGAGGCCAACAUCGACUGCGAGCUGGUGCAGCUGCCCGAGGACACGACCGAGAGCGACCUGCUGCACCGCGUGGCCGCCUACAACAACGACCCCGCCGUGCACGGCAUCCUGGUGCAGCUGCCGCUGCCCAAGCACAUCUCCGAGUAUGAGAUCACCAGCGCCGUCGCCGACGAGAAGGACGUCGACGGCUUCGGCGCCGCGAGCAUCGGCGAGCUGGCCAAGCGCGGCGGCAAGCCGCUGUUCACCCCGUGCACCCCCAAGGGCGUCAUGGUGCUGCUGGAGGAGGCCGGCGUGCAGAUUGCCGGCAAGAACGCCGUCGUGCUGGGCCGCAGCGACAUUGUGGGCAGCCCCGCCAGCUACCUGCUGAAGAACGCCGACGCGACCGUGACCGUGUGCCACUCCAAGACGGCCAACCUGCCCGACAUCGUGCGCCAGGCCGACAUCGUCGUCGCCGCCAUUGGCAAGGCCCAGUUCGUCAAGGGCGACUGGCUCAAGCCCGGCGCCGUUGUCAUCGACGUCGGCACCAACUUCGUGCCCGAUGCCAGCAAGAAGAGCGGCCAGCGCCUGGUCGGCGACGUCGACUACGACUCCGCCGCCGAGGUCGCCUCGCAGAUCACCCCCGUGCCCGGCGGCGUUGGCCCCAUGACCAUCGCCAUGCUGCUGCAGAACCUCGUCGACUCGGCCGACGCCACCUUCGACCGUCAGACGAAGCGCAAGAUCACACCGCUGCCCAUCAAGCCCGAGGACCCCAUCCCCUCGGACAUUGCCAUCUCGCGCAAGCAGCACCCCAAGCAGAUCACCCAGGUCGCCAAGGAGGUUGGUAUCCUGCCCCACGAGCUGGAGCCGUACGGCUACACCAAGGCCAAGGUCGACCUGUCGCUGCUGAAGCGCCUCGAACACCGCAAGAACGGCCGCUACGUCCUGAUUGCUGGCAUUACCCCCACGCCGCUCGGCGAGGGCAAGUCCACAACCACCAUCGGUGUCGCGCAGGCCCUGGGCGCCCACCUCGGCAGGAUAUGCUUCGCCAACGUCCGCCAGCCCAGCAUGGGCCCGACCUUCGGCAUCAAGGGCGGAGCUGCUGGCGGUGGCUACAGCCAGGUCAUUCCCAUGGACGAGUUCAACCUCCACUUGACUGGUGACAUCCACGCCAUCACCGCCGCCAACAACCUGCUGGCUGCCGCCAUCGAGACUCGCAUCUUCCACGAGAACACACAGAAGGACGCCGCCCUGUAUAAGCGACUGGUGCCCGCAAAGAAGGGCGGGCGCGAGUUCGCGCCGGUCAUGUUCCGCCGCCUGAAGAAGCUCGGCAUCGACAAGACCAACCCCGACGACCUGACCGAGGAGGAGAUCACAAAGUUCGCCCGUCUCGACAUCGACCCUGAGACUAUCACAUGGCGUCGCGUUCUCGAUGUCAACGACAGGCAUCUGCGAGGCAUCACCAUCGGUCAGGCUCCCACCGAGAAGGGCCAGACCCGCGAGACCGGCUUCGACAUCUCCGUUGCCAGCGAGUGCAUGGCUAUUCUCGCGCUCAGCAACGACCUUGGCGAUCUCCGCGAGCGUCUCGGCCGCAUGGUCGUCGCCAGCUCCCGCAGCGGUGACCCCGUUACCUGCGACGACAUUGGUGCUGGUGGUGCCCUGACUGCCCUCCUCCGCGAUGCCAUCAAGCCCAACCUGAUGCAGACGCUUGAGGGCACCCCCGUCUUCGUUCACGCUGGUCCCUUCGCCAACAUCUCCAUCGGCGCUUCUUCUGUCCUUGCUGACAAGCUCGCACUCAAGCUUGCCGGAACCGAGGCUGGCGAGGACCACGAUGAGAAGACUGGUUUCGUCGUCACAGAAGCCGGCUUCGACUUCACCAUGGGCGGCGAGCGCUUCUUCAACAUCAAGUGCCGCUCCUCCGGCCUCGUUCCCGACACCGUCGUCAUCGUCGCCACCGUCCGCGCCCUCAAGGUCCACGGCGGCGGCCCCGACAUCAAGCCCGGCGCCCAGCUCCAGGAGUGCUACCGCACCGAGAACAUCGAGAUGCUGCGCAAGGGCUGCAUCAACCUCAAGAAGCACAUCGCCAACGCGCGCUCCUACGGCGUCCCCGUCGUCGUUGCCAUCAACAAGUUCGCCACCGACACCGACGCCGAAAUCGCCGUCAUCCGCGAGGAGUCCCUCGCAGCCGGCGCCGAAGACGCCAUCCCUGCCAACCACUUCGCUGAGGGCGGCAAGGGCGCCAAGGACCUCGCCGCAGGCAUCAUCAAGGCCUCCGCCCAGCCCAAGGACUUCAAGCUGCUGUACUCCCUCGACAACACCGUCCAGGAGCGCAUGGAGGCCAUCGCGAAGCAGAUGUACGGCGCCUCCGCCGUCGAGUUCAGCCCCCUCGCGCAGAAGAAGGUCGACACGUACACCAAGCAGGGACUGGGUAACCUGCCCAUCUGCGUCGCCAAGACGCAGUACUCGCUGUCGCACGACCCGGCGCUCAAGGGCGCGCCCGAGGGCUUCACGGUGCCGAUCCGCGAUGUCCGCAUGGCGGCCGGCGCGGGAUACUUGUAUGCGCUCGCAGCCGAUAUCCAGACCAUCCCCGGUCUGCCCACAGCGCCUGGGUACCUUAACAUCGAUGUUGAUGUUGAGACUGGCGAGAUUGAUGGUAUGUUCUAG